GGAAAUAAGCCGUGCUAACAUGCUUUCAGGUAUUUUGGUUUACGUGGCACUACAGACAGUCUGUUUUGUUAGUGGGAAUGACAAUAACCAGGAGGUGCUCCGAAGACUUUCAUAUCUAGAAAAAGAGGUCUCUUUUCUGAAAGAAAAAUUGAAAUCCUGUCAAGAAGAAAGCAAAAUCCUCGAUGUCAUUGACCAAAGCAAAGAAAAGCGCAUUGUUCCUCAAGGACAACAGUCACAAGUCGCCUUCCACGCUCACCUCUCACAGAAUCAAAACAACCUUGGUAUUCAUCAAGCCAUCCACUUCAAUACAGUUCUUCUAAACGAAGGAAAUGGGUAUUCGGUUCAUGCUGGGGAGUUUGUCGCACCGGUGCCUGGUCUAUAUGUGUUUUCUUGGUCAAUAGCAAGCGGGGACCGCACUUGUAUGAAAUAUGAAUUCGUUAAAAACAGCGCCGUCUUGUUUUAUUCUAUUAGUGAUUCAGCUGAUCAUUCUGAUUGGGCCGUUUCGUCUGGAACUGCAGUCACCCGUAUGAACUCAGGAGACCGUGCUUGGAUCAGAGUUUCUGAUUUUAUUACGUGUUCUCACACCGUUUUUGGAACUGGUUUUGGUACUUCGUCUUUUACCGGCUUUUUAUUACAUUAAAAUGUGUCCAAUUGAGUAGCGCUAAUUCAUGUGGCCUGUAUACCGGCAAGAAUAAUUCCUCAGCUCAAGUAAAGUGAAUUCCAUUGCUACAUAUAUUAUCUUAAUUUUAUUUCGAAUCUCUUUAUGAUUUUCAACGAAGGACCCUUUU